UCAAGCACACAUGACAGGGAGUGUGUAGUGCGCAGACUCCAGGAGUCGAUGCUGAUUGGUCGAAGGUACUUCCACUGCUGUGGAACUGUGGAAGUUGAUUGUAUUCAACAGUUAGACAAGUGACGUGGAGUACUAUGGACACGACAAGCCAACAUCUGCUAACUACUUCAGGGACUAACAGACGGGCCGUGCUUACAUGAUUGAAUAUGUUACGUUAGCGGUUGAGUCGCAAUUUCAGAUUCAACUUUUAUCAAAGCAAGUUUUUUUCCUCCAAGAGCUGAAGACGCAGCGCUCACCGGCGGCUAAGUUAGCCUGCUAGCUAACAGGAGCAGCCCCGGUCCUGUGGGUAACGUUAGCUAUCUAAAGUCAGCGUUAUGCAAAUUACACACGUUAUCACCGCCGGAGCUCAAACAUUAAAAGCACGAACAAGGCCUUGACUAACCGGCCUUGACGUCGUACACUGUACAGGCACCGCAUUGGUUAGCGUGCUAGCAUUAGCCUUCAGCUCACGUUAGCAGGGACACCUCCGAGCUGUCAGAAUGAGCUCUCUGCUCCGGGGGGAGGAGAUGUGUCUGGCCCAACUGUUUCUACAGUCCGGGUCUGCGUACGACUGCAUCAGUGAACUUGGAGAACUGGCUCUGGUGGAGUUCAGAGACCUCAAUCCCAGUGUUAACACAUUCCAGCGGAAACAUGUCAAUGAGAUAAAAAAAUGUGAAGAGAUGGAGAGGAUCCUUGGAUACCUUCUGAGGGAAGUCAAGAGAGCAGACAUUUCACUGCCAGAAGGAGAUGUGAACCCAGUUGCUCCUUUACCCAAGCAUGUCAUGGCUAUAAUGGAGCAGCUGCAGAGGCUAGAGGUAGAGUUAGGUGAAGUCACCAGGAAUAAGGAGAAGCUGCAGAGAAAUCUGCUGGAGCUGACGGAGUACACUCACAUGCUGCGUAUCAGCCGUACCUUUGUACAGCGAACAUCGGAGCGAGAGCCCCUACAAGUUCAGUAUGAGGAGUUUCCCUUUCUAGAAAAAGACACAAUGAUGGACUACAGCAGCAUGCAGAGGCUCGGAGCCAAACUUGGUUUCAUUUCUGGGCUGAUUAAGCGGACAAAGAUCGAGGCCUUUGAGCGGAUGCUUUGGAGAGUAUGUAAAGGCUACACCAUCCUCAGCUAUGCUGAGGUUGACGAGUAUUUGGAAGAUCCUGAUACGGGUGAGCCUACCAAAAGUGUGGUGUUCUUGAUCUCUUACUGGGGCGACCAAAUUGGUCAGAAAGUGAAGAAGAUCUCUGACUGCUACCACUGCCACUUGUAUCCCUAUCCCAGUAGCAAUGAGGAGAGGAAUGAUGUCGUGGAAGGGCUAAGAACUCGCAUUCAGGACCUGCACACAGUACUUCAUAGGACCGAGGACUACCUGAAACAGGUCUUGAUGAAAGCCUCAGAAUCUGUCUACACCUGGGUCAUCCAGGUCAAGAAGAUGAAGGCCAUCUACUAUAUUCUGAAUCUGUGCAGUUUUGACGUCACCAACAAGUGUCUGAUUUCUGAGGUUUGGUGUCCUGUCAAUGAUAUUCCCACGCUGCGGAGAGCGCUCGAAGAAGGAUCGAGAAAAAGCGGAGCGACAGUUCCCUCCUUUGUCAAUCGUAUCCCCACCAACGACACUCCCCCCACCCUGAUGAGGACCAACAAAUUUACCUCUGGCUUCCAGAACAUUGUGGACGCUUAUGGAGUCGGCAAUUACAGAGAGGUGAACCCUGCUCCUUUCACAAUCAUCACCUUCCCGUUCCUGUUUGCUGUGAUGUUUGGGGAUCUGGGUCAUGGAGUUAUCAUGGCUGCGUUUGCUCUCUGGAUGGUCCUGUAUGAGAACAACCGCAAACUUAAAAACACCAGGAAUGAGAUCUGGAACACAUUCUUUGAGGGGCGUUAUAUCAUCCUGAUGAUGGGCCUCUUCUCCAUCUACACUGGCCUUAUAUACAAUGACUGCUUCUCAAAGUCCCUUAACAUCUUUGGUUCAGGAUGGAAUGUGUCAGCCAUGUUCAGGGCCGAGGUGUGGAAGGAUGCUGAUAUCAGAGGGCACCGGUUUCUCACACUGGAUCCGAAUGUUACGGGAGUUUUCAACGGACCUUACCCUCUGGGAAUUGACCCGAUUUGGAACUUGGCAACCAACCGCCUCACAUUUCUGAACUCCUAUAAGAUGAAGAUGUCAGUGAUAAUGGGCGUCAUACACAUGAGCUUCGGGGUCAUCCUCAGCACUUAUAAUCAUUUGCACUUUAGGAAGAAGCACAACCUGUACUUGGUGUUUCUCCCUGAGCUUCUGUUCCUGCUGUCUCUGUUCGGCUACCUGGUGUUCAUGAUAUUCUACAAGUGGCUGGUCUUCACUGCAAAGGACUCCAGAGAGGCUCCAAGCAUCCUCAUCCACUUCAUAAACAUGUUCAUCAUGCAGGGUGACACAGUGCAGCCCCUCUACCCAGGGCAGACUGGCCUGCAGGUAUUUCUGGUGGUCAUUGCGGUUCUCUCCGUGCCUGUGUUACUCCUGGGGAAACCCGUCUACCUUUAUUGGCUUAAACAUGGAAGCCACCGCAUAGGAAUGUACAGGGGAUAUGAGCGUGUGCGGCGUAACAGUGAAGAGGAGCUUUACCUGAUGAGGGCUCAUGACAUGGAGGAGGGCAGCAGUCACAGCGAUCUCUCCACUAGUGGAGAGCGUCAGGCAGAGGAGUUUGACUUUGCAGAUGAGUUGCUGCAUCAGGCCAUCCACACUAUAGAGUAUUGCCUUGGUUGCGUCUCCAACACAGCCUCCUACCUGCGGCUCUGGGCUCUGAGCCUAGCACAUGCCCAGCUGUCGGAGGUGCUGUGGGCCAUGGUAAUGCGAGUAGGACUACGAAUGGACACCAGUCUCGGGGUUUUAUUCCUGGUGCCUGUGUUUGGCCUGUUUGCCGUUCUUACCGUUUCCAUCCUCCUGGUAAUGGAGGGUCUGUCUGCAUUCCUUCAUGCUCUCCGCCUGCACUGGGUGGAGUUUCAGAACAAAUUCUACAGUGGGACUGGAGUGAAGUUUUGCCCCUUUUCCUUCUCUCUCUUACCCUCCAGCUUUGAGCAAGAUGGGUUACUGUGAAGGGACUGCCUGAUAAUAGUGUUGGGUGGUAAACUGAGCCAAAAAGCCCAUGCUUAUAAAGACACAUUCUAGAGAAGUCAUGAGGAGAUUAGGAAUCUUGUCAUCUUUUGAUCCUUUGUUAUGUUAAGAAAUUCUGUAGUUCGCUUCACAAACUUGGACUGGACUGAAACACACUGCUUUCCCAACUGUUUAAAAAAUGCAGACAUUAGGGUGUGCUGUUGAGAAAUGUUUUCUUAUUGCAAAUGUAUAUAACAAAGGGUAUUUUGUACCAGCAUCAGUUUGCACGCAUUCACAUUUUCACUGCAGGUAAAAUGUGAGGUUCAAAUUUAAAAUGUAACACAUAUCCCAAAAACCUUCAAUUUUCGAAUGAGGCAUUAUGGGUAACAGUUGUUGAUGUCGAUUGUAUGGAAAACCACAUCAACCAAACUUGAAAUAAUUAAGUAAAAAAAAAAAACAUGAAAUAAGUUAAGAGUAAUAAGCAAAUGGUGUCCCCAAGAUAUGGCGACACAGCCAACAUUUGUUAGGAUAAAUCUGGUUUUGGUCUUUUCAUGGAAUUUGUUCUUUAUUAUUAUUAUUGUAUUUCCUGGCAGAUCUGGUUGUCAUAAUGAAUAAUGGGCCACCUUUCAGUUGCAUAGCUUUUGCUCCACUUUUUGUUGCACUGAGUGCCUUACAGAAGUACAACCAAAUGACAACAUACUGUGCCGUUUUUCAGUUUCCCCUUUGUUUCCCUGUGUGGUACCAAAACAGUGCAGAGGAUCUUGACUUGUUAGUAUUGAAAAGUGCUCUGGCAGGUUCGUGAUGAGAUGUAUAUACUUUUACAGAAAUGUUUUUUAAUUUAUUAUAUUUUAAAAUGUUGUAUCAGAAUUAAAAAUGAAUGUUAAUGGGGAUAAGAUUUUUACUUUUAUGCAUUCACAGUGUUGCCUAUGCAUCUGUUGCUUACUGACCAAUUUUACAUUCCACUCAUUUGUAGACUCACCUAUGCUGGCGACAGCCCGUAGUUUGAAAGAUUCUUUAUUCAUUUUUAACACUGGGGCCAGGCUGUAUUUAAUCACAUUAGGAGAUCAUUGAAUUAUGUACUAAUAACAGCCAUUAGUAGUAUUUGCUAAUUAUAUUACGUUUUUAGUAUUGUAUGGAAUUGGUAUUUGAAAUUUUGCCAAGGGAAAGAGAUGUAAUUGUUGUCAUCAUUGCAAAAUUAAUUGGAAACACAUUUUGCUAAAGUAAGAUACUGCCACACAUUUUUGAAAGUCAUGAUCUUGUGUGUCAAGUUUUAACAGUGGAAAAAUAAUGUGUUAAAUCAAGUGUCAGUCAAUGCUUUAUCAGCAAUUAGUUGCCUGUGUAGUUAACAUUAAAUGUUAUAUGGGUUGGUUGAAGGGGUAUUGCUUGCCAUUCAUUUUAAUAUUAAGAAUCUUUUUUCAUUGACAAGCACUCCAUGUUCUAAUUCUUUUGAGAAAAUCAUCCUCAUGUCAAUAAUAAAUUGUAUUUCUUUGAG